AUGCAGAAGAUCGGCGUCCCAAACAUGCUACCAAGUUCUGCUGGGGACAGAGGAGGAAACUUAACAGGGAUUAUCAAACCUUUAGUUCCAGAGGAACAAGGCAGUGGGUACAUUGCUGACAAAACUGUGAAAGCUGAAAAAAGGAUUCAAGUCUACCCUUAUGACACAGAGGCAUGGAGUAUUUUGAUUCGAGAUGCACAGAUUAAAAAGAUCGAGGAUGCAAGGGUGAUCUAUGAACGACUCGUGGACCAGUUCCCCAAUGCAGGCAAAUACUGGAAGAUCUAUAUCGAACAUGAGCUUAAACUGAAGAACUUUGAGAGAGUGGAAAAGCUGUUCCAGCGAUGCCUGAUUAAAGUUCUCAACAUUGACCUGUGGAAGCUCUAUCUACACUACAUCAAAGAGACAAAAAGUACCCUGCCCUCUUACAGGGAAAAGAUGGCUCAAGCUUAUGACUUUGCUUUGGAGAAGAUUGGCAUGGAUAUUAUGUCUUAUCAGAUUUGGGCUGAGUAUAUCAGUUUCCUGAAGUCUGUGGAGGCUGUUGGUUCUUACGCAGAAAACCAGAGAAUAACUGCAGUCAGGAAAGUCUAUCAGAGAGGUGUCACUAACCCCAUGAUCAACAUUGAACUUCUGUGGAAAGACUACACAGCUUAUGAAAAUAGUAUAAACAGCCUGAUUGCCAAGAAAAUGAUUGACGACAGAAGCAGGGAGUACAUGUCAGCUCGGAGAGUGGCCAAGGAGUAUGAGGUCGCUACCCGUGGAUUGGAUAAAAAUGCUCCAUCAGUCCCCCCACAGAAUUCUUACAAUGAAACGAAACAGGUGGAGUUGUGGAAAAAAUACAUAGCUUGGGAGAAAAAGAAUCCACUCAGAACGGAAGAUCAGACAAUAAUCACAAAAAGAGUGAUGUUUGCUUAUGAGCAAUGCCUGUUGUGUCUGGGACAUCACCCGGACAUAUGGAUAGAGGCCGCCUCCUACCUGGACCAGUCCAGUAAGAUCCUCACAGAGAAAGGGGACCAGAAUUCAGGGAAACUGUUUGCAGACGAGGCUGCGGCCAUCUAUGAAAGAGCCAUCAACUCUCUCAUGAAAAAGAACAUGCUGAUAUAUUUUGCAUAUGCAGAUUUUGAAGAGAGCCGUAUGAAGUUUGACAAAGUACAUCAAAUUUACAAAAAGCUUUUGGAUGUGGAGGAUAUAAAACCUACUUUGGCGUACAUUCAGUACAUGAAGUUUGCAAGAAGAGCAGAAGGUAUUAAAUCUGCCAGGACUGUCUUCAAAACUGCCAGGGAGGACAAGAGAUCUGAGUACCAUAUAUAUGUGGCUGCUGCACUGAUGGAGUACUACUGCAGCAAGGAGAAGAACAUUGCCUUGAAAAUCUUUGAGCUGGGCCUAAAGAAGUACGCUGACAGUCCAGAAUAUGCUUCCUGUUAUAUUGAUUUUAUGUCCCAUUUAAAUGAGGAUAACAACACUCGGGUUUUGUUUGAAAGAAUCCUCUCCUCGGAUCAACUGCUUCCAGAAAAAUCCACAGACAUUUGGAGCAAAUUCCUGUCAUUUGAGUCACAGGUUGGUGACCUGGUGAGUCUUGUGAAGGUGGAGAAACGUAGGACUGCAGCCAUAGAAAAGAUCCAGGCAUUCAACGAGAAAGAAACAGCCCUCCUUAUAGACAGAUACAAGUUUCUGGGUCUCCUUCCGUGCGCAGAUAAUGAACUUGGAGCAAUAGGAUAUUGGGAUUUAGUGAGACACCAUGUCCUGCAGCUUCCAUCAGGUAGUGCCAAGCAAGCGCUUCUGUCAAAGGAUGACAGCUAUAAUGAUCAGUCCAAACGUCCAACAUUCCCAGCGCCGGAUGUUGAGCAGAUGUUGCCAUUCAAACCAAGAGCUGUAGUCCCUACUGGAGCCCACCCUGUACCUGGUGGUGUAUUCCCACCUCCACCUGCUGCUUCUGUACUGCUGCAGUCAUUGCCGCCACCAGAAUGUUUCAGGGGCCCACAUGUCAUCAUUGAUAAGUUUCUGGAGUUUAUGAGGCAUGUCAAGCUUCCUGACAGACCAGUCGGUGACGAGAAUGGCAAAGAUGGAGACUUCCGACUUGAUCCUGGUACAAAGCUGUCAAUAGAAAUCGCCAGCGGUGUACGUAAACGGAAAAUAACAGAACACGAAAGUGACGACGAAGAUAUGGAAUUGAUGGUCCCAGCAGCACCAGCCAAUGAUAUUUACCGAGCUCGGCAGCAGAAGAAAAUUAUCAAAUAA